AUGAGUGUGCAAACCGUUAUUGGUGUCGCGGGGAUCUCUUCCAAACUGGCGCAAUGCAUUACGAAGGCAUUGCAGCGUUAUCAAGGUGUGAAGAUCAAAGGCUUAUGCCGUAGUCCAGAGAAAAUCCCCCCGUCAGCUCUCAAAGAGUACAAGAUUGAAGUGAUCAAAGGCAACUUUGACGAUGAGGUCGCUGUCCAACAAUUCGUCCAAGGCACCGACGUUGUCAUCUGCUGCUAUUUUGGGGGCUCCGACCUCAUGACUUUAGGCCAAAAGAUCCUCAUCGAAGCCUGCGCCAAAGAGGGUGUCCCGCGAUACAUUCCGAGCGACUUCGCAGUUGACUACGCCAAAAUUCCCGAUGGCGAACCGUUCCCCAAGGAAUCCGCAAAGAUCAUCAAGAAAUAUCUGCUGGAGAAGAACGUUUCAGGAGUGCAUGUUCUUGUCGGUGGUCUAAUGGAGACCUUUUGGAGCGAAUACUUCGAGAUAUAUGAUGCCAAUACCCGAACAGCUUCUUACUGGGGAACUGGCGAGGAGAAGUGGGACUUGACAACAUUCGAGACUGCGGCUGCUUACACAGCUGCUCUUGCCGUCGACAAGCAAGCCGUUGGAGUUUUCCUCUUUCGGGGCGAUUGCAAGAGCGUCUUCGAAAUCAAGGAGGCAUACGACAAAGUUAAUCAGUCGUCCCUCCAACUGAGACGUCUUGGGUCUCUAUCCGACCUCUACGAUACAGUCAAAGACAUCCACAGGAGAGAUCCAAGCAACCUCGCAUCUUGGGGGCCCAAAGCCUUUAUUUUCUGGUGCACGAAUGGUGUUGCGCACCUUGGUAACGAACUGGACAACGAGAAGUAUUCUUACAUUGUCCCAGCCGAUGUCGAAGCCUUCUUGAGAGCCCACAAGGACACACAGGUCGCUGUUGCCGGCCAGAAGAUCGGAUUUCAGGGAUGA